AAGACGCCCAGAUGCAAAUGAGCUAUUAGCUAUCUCUGGAACAAUUUGUCCGUUGUCCCUGUUAAAUAAACAAUAAACUAAACUUGCACUACUUACUUAGCUUUGACUCUAAAUAUCUGCAUUCGUAAAAGUACUCUGUGAAUCAUCUUUCUGAUAGACAAUCUUUGACAGUAUAAUCUGUUGUUUUGUCCUGGUGGUACACAGCUAACAGAGCAGCAGCAGAUGGAAGCUGAGCAACUCCUCUUGAUUUACAGAUUACCUAUACUUUUUUUUUUUAAUCUCUCUGAUACUUUCAAAAAUAGUAAAAGUAUUUAGUACAUUUCCAUCAUUGUUCCAGGGGAGGCCAACUAAAGAAGAGGAACUUCAGCGAAGGUAACAGGACAGCAUGGACAACAGAAAGAGACCAGCUGCUUCGCCCAACUCUGGCAGCUUUGUCUUCUGGUCCUCCUCAUUCCAGAGGCAACCAGCCAGGGUCCUGAUUGUGGAGGCACUGCCACCAUGGUGGUCAGACACUUGCAAUGUGCUCUGUGAUGCUCUGGAUAACUUCUUGUCCCUUGCCUGUAAUCUGGAUGGACCCUGUAGGAUUCCACUCCUCAGCCUGUAUGCUGUCAGCAGGCAGCAGGAAUGCAUAUUGCCAUUUGUGCAGGUUCGUGGCAACUUGGCCAGGCUACAUUCCUGUGUUGAAGAGCUGAGGUCUAUUCCAGGAGAAGGCUGUAUCAAAGGAGCAGCCAGAGGAGGCGAGCUGCUGCGACAGGCAGUGCUGGACAGUCUGCAGCAGUUUAAACAGUACAUCAGACACAUCAGUACUGGAAACCAGACCAACAAUAACUUAUCUGUUGAGAUUACUGUGGUGACCAGCCAGUCAGGGCCUGGGAUUGUCCGCCAGCUGGAGAUGGGGCUCAAAGAUGCUGACCUGGUGUCACUCAAGCGACUCCUGGUCGUACAGAUCAACAGCGUAGGAGACUGGGGACAGGACACUCCAUCACCUGAAACCACAUACACUGAGGCUGAAGAGAGUCUGAUGUUGGGGACGGAGGUUGAGCUGCUGCGAGUGGAGAACAGCGUGUUUGCCCUGGAGACAAUGUUGAAGGCGUGGCUUCAAGAGCAGGGAGGGGACAGAGAGCACCUGCACCUGCUGCUGCCAAGCCCAACAGACAGCCCCAAUCCAGUGUGUGUGAAGUGUGAUAUGCAGGAGCGUCUGAUCAGCCCUGCACUUAUCCCUCUCACGCCCAACCUGGGAGUGAAGACUGAGAGUGUCCGGGACUUCCUGCCUGUCACUAAGGCCUCGGCCAAUCAGAACCAGCCACCACAGAAACUGAAAGUAAUCAAGGUUCUGCGUGCAGAUGGAUUGUGUGAGAGUGUGCUGUAUGGCCUGCCACUAGUGAUCCGCCCCACCACCUGCUGGCAGCUGGACUGGGAAGAAAUGGAGACCAACAACAAUUUAUUCCAUGCUCUCUGUCACACACUCAGGGGUCGUGACUUGUUCCUGCUGCUGCAGGUGGAGCCUGUGCAGAGGUUUGCUGCUGGAGGUUCAGGUGUGUACUCUCACUAUGUCCUCCAGUCAUCCACGUCUCUCUCGCUCCUCCUGAAGCCUGUGGUGUCCAGAGAGCUGCUGCUGCCCUGCUCAAUGCCCGUCUCACCUCAGGACCCUGUACCUGACGCCAUGCAGACCGUACAGCGUUGUCUAACUCAGCUGGACGAGGAGUUUGUCUUCAACCCCCUGUCUCUGACCAGCAACCUCUACCAGCACCUAAAGAGCAGAGGCCUAAUCUCACAGCCUAGAUACCCAUACAGGCUCCAGCCAGCAGCUGUGCUCAGAGACCAGUCUCAACCACCAGAGGGGGCAAAAACCACAGGCAGCAGACAGCCCCGGCAGCCCCAAAACCAGAGUCGUCAACUGGGAACAAACAGUAAGAUCAGAGCUACCGUGGCCCCGAUGCCGUCUUCCUCCUCCUCUUCUUCUAUGAUACCUCCUCCUGCUGCUAAGGCCUCUCGUCCAGCACUGACGUUCCUCAGACUAAGACGCUGGGCCCCACAAGAUGAUGAUGAUGAUGGUGAUGACGACUCCAUGGCUAUCUAGUGAGAACAAUAGAAGGGUGAGUGGAAGAAAGUGGGCCAAGAGAGCUUUACAAUAACAGGAGAGAGAGAGUGACACUCUAGUUAAUUCCGCACACACACUCACAAAGGUUUGUGUUUAACCUUAACCCAACCACAAUUCAAAUCUGAGCCCUAAAUGUAACCAGAAAUUAGGUUCCGCCUCAUUGAGACCAGGUUUUGUUCUCCAUGAGAACUACUGGUCCUGGCAAGAUUAGUGUUUAUGCCAGAAAAUUUCCUAAAGAGGUAACAAAUACAAGUACACACACACACACACUUGUUAAAUUCUAACUACCAAAUGUUCAUGCUGUGCAAAUAACUUGAGACAAAAGAAUGAAAAAGCUGCAGCCGCCCAGAGAGCAACACAGAACAGUGUGUGUGUGUGUUCACAGCAUGUUGACUGUGUGUGUGUUGUGAACAUUUAUGUGCAAAUUAAAUUACCGUGUGUUUUUGUGAGUUGCCCGAUUGCUCACAAACUUCACAACAGAGACCAGUGACUAGCCAAGUGUGUGCGCGUGUGUGUGUGUGUGUGUGUGUGUGUGCGUGUGUACGCGCGCGUCUGUCUGCGAAGUUUCAAAUCACUGCCAUCUUUAGUUUGCUGAGGCAGAAAAAUAUAAAAACAACACACCAGUAAACAAUAAAAGAUGAAAAGAAGGAGAACAGUAGGACAAAGCCUGGAAGUACAGAUGAAAAGGAAGAUAGAUAUAAGAGGAAAGGGUGAGUGGUGUUGGAAUAUGAGAGGGAGAUUAAAACGCUGCUAGAUUUAUAUUUUAUGCAGAAUCGUGAAUAAACUACAACUGAGACAUAAUAAAAGUAGGCGAACAGCAGCUUUAAUACCACAGUGAAUUAUAGAGAAACACACACACACACACACACACAUUUGCAAAUUCUUUGUCCAUUUUGCCCUUAAGUCCCAGUCUGAACACAGCUUCACUGUUUUAAUGAGAGCAAGGACCGCAGACAGAGGGGCCUCUCUGCUCUCCAGCACCCCCACAGAAGACUCUCUCUCUGGGGGUUGAAAGCCAGUGAGGUGGGGGUGGAUGGAAGGAGAACAGAGAAAAGAUAAAACUUAUGGGAAAAAAAUAACAACAGCAUGUUCUAAAAAAGAAGUGAACAUGAUGUUAUCGUGUGUUUGUUCUUGUAUUUGUUUUCCUCUUUAGGACUUUUCUGGCAUAAACACUGAUUUUGUCAAACCUAGGCUUUACUCAUGUUGUGAGGACCUAAAUCUGUUGAUAUGUGGACUUUCUGCCUUAAAGCAAGUCAGUGUAAUGGACGUCAUGGAAACCAGACUGUGUGUGUGUGUGUGUGUGUGAGAGAGCGAUUAGGGGUUAAUUCAAGAACAUGCCGUAACAUCAUUAGCUUCAUUCCCAGCAUAUUGUCAGUGACUCAUGCUUGUUCGUAGAUAUUGGCCGUUACAAAUAUCUGUCAUUGCUAUUAUUAAUUUAUUCCUCAUCAAAGAAUGUCUUUCACACUCAUGCACACACAUAUAGGCUUAAUCAGCUUCCCGCCAUUCCACCCCCUUGUUAAACCUUAUAACAUUAGGGUCUACCCAGUGGCAAAUGACUUCACGACGCUGUGAUGUUGCAGGACUUCCGCAUUCAUGAAUUAAAACCACAACGACGCUUUUGUCUCCACGGAGAAUUAUUCAAGUGGACGUCCAAAACUACCCACUGACAUUUUACCCACUUCUCCUUCUCUCUCUCUCUCUCGCUCUCCGUCUGUUCUUUCCACUCUCCGUCUCGCUCUGUACUCUCUUUUUAGUUGAGUCAACGUGUUUGAAUUUCAUAGAUUUGUUCAUAUAGACCCACACAAGCUUCUCUGUCCCCCGAGAAAGGUCAAAGCCAGAGUUCCUCCGCUUGACCCAAACACUAUCGAACACACGGCGCGUUAAAUGUCACGGCUGUGAAGGACGAAACUGGACGUGGCCCGUGGAGACAAAAGUGUGAUUCUUUGUGGUAGAAAAUGCAUUCAGAGCCGAACGUUGUGUUACUCAGCGUUGUUCGUUUGCAAGUUUUUGGAGCGUCGCAGCCAAUUCUGUUGUUCACUGUCGUGUUGUGGGACACACAGCCUUAUUGCAGUGUUGCCUCAGACUUCUUUCUGUUGUGAUGUUUUGACUAAAUGAACCGUUGAAGUGUACUUUAAUAAAAGAUAAAAGUAGA